ACUCGGGAGAACCAUCCUGGACGAGGUCACGUGAGCGCCGGGUUCCCGACCUGGUCAACCCGGCCAACCACCGACGAGGCCGGCCGGUGACGUCAGUGGCCGGCAACCGGCGGGCUCGAGAGACGACCGUUGCUUCGGCGGCGGCCGACGGGGCGGGGGCGGCCUUAGCGCCUCCUUUUGCACCAUUAAACGAUAACAAUCCACUUGACAUCGACGAGAGAGGGAGAGGGCAAGGCGCGCACCGUCGGGCCGAGUUCCCGGUGCCUGGGUGGUUGGAGGAAUGUGCGGGGGGUGUUGACGUGUGGCGGGCAAUUGACUGCCACCCCCCCCCUCCCCGCCUCACCUCACAUGGCGGAAGGUGACAUGAUGUGGGAGGGAAGCGAGCGGCAGGGAACUCGCUGCCCGGCUUCCUAACUCCCUCACCGCCAUGUCCUGCCGCCGCCACCGCCGCCUCCUCCACCUACUACUACUGCUGCUGCUCGUCCCCGGCGCCCGCCAGCCCUUCGCCGGCACCCGGGCCGUGCGCGCCCCCGACGCCAGCCCACUCUACACCAACACCUGGGCCGUGCGCGUCCCCGGCGGCGCCGAGCACGCGCGCAGCAUCGCCCGCAGGCACGGCUUCAUCAACUUCGGACGGAUUUUUGAAGAUGAAGAUUAUUACUAUUUUAAGCACAAAGCUGUGUGGAAGCGGUCUAUCAAUCCACACCAAAUGCGACAUAGGCGGCUGGAAAUGGAGCCCAAGGUGACGUGGCUGCAACAGCAAGUUGUGAAAAGACGCCAGAAACGCUCAUUUUUCAUUCCAUCAGAUCCGUUAUAUCAUAAGCAGUGGUACUUGAACAAUGAAAUACCUAAUGACCUGAAUGUUCUGUCGGCCUGGAAGCGUGGUUAUACAGGCAAGGGGAUUGUCAUCACGAUAUUGGAUGAUGGAAUAGAGAAGAACCACCCAGAUUUGGCUGCAAAUUAUGAUCCUGAUGCAAGCUUUGACAUAAACGAUAAUGACCCAGAUCCUCAACCAAGAUACAACUAUAAUGAUGAAAAUCGACACGGGACACGAUGUGCUGGGGAAGUGGCUGCAGUGGCAAAUAACAUCUGUGGAGUUGGAGUAGCAUUCAAUGCCAAAAUUGGUGGAGUAAGGAUGCUUGAUGGAGAGAUUACAGAUGUAGUGGAGGCUCGCUCUCUGAGCCUUAACCCUCAACAUAUUCACAUCUAUAGUGCUAGCUGGGGCCCAGAGGACAAUGGGCAGACUGUGGAAGGUCCAGCAAUGUUAGCAAGUCGGGCAUUCCUUAAGGGCAUUACAAAUGGACGAGGUGGUCUUGGUUCCAUCUUUGUCUGGGCAUCUGGAAAUGGAGGUUUCCAGUAUGAUAACUGUAAUUGUGAUGGCUAUACAAACAGUAUCUACACACUGUCCGUGGGCAGCACAACUGAACAAGGGAACAUACCUUGGUACAGCGAAGCCUGUUCUUCAACACUAACUACCACUUACAGCAGCGGGACCAGAAUGGAAAAGCAGAUCGUUACAACAGAUCUGCGGUUACGAUGCACUGAAAAGCACACUGGGACGUCAGCAUCUGCACCACUUGCUGCUGGGAUCAUAGCUCUUGCUAUGGAAGCAAAUCCUGCACUGACUUGGCGUGAUAUGCAGCACCUUGUAGUGAGAGCAUCUAAACCUCUUAAUUUGAAAGCGGAUGACUGGGCCAAAAAUGGAGUGGGGCGUAAAGUGAGCCACCAUUAUGGAUAUGGACUACUAGAUGCUGGACGUCUGGUGGAUUUAGCAACAAAAUGGUUGACUGUUCAUCCACAGAGGGAAUGCUCCAUAGAGAUUAUUAAAUCCCCCCAAGUGAUUUCUGACAAGCUUGUUAUCAAGAAGCACAUCAAUGCAUGUUCUGGAACAAAAGAUUAUAUUCGAUCUCUUGAACACGUGGAAGCUCGAAUGUCAUUGAGUUACACUCGACGAGGUGAUCUGAGGAUUUAUCUUAUUAGUCCUAGUGGGACGUGUUCCAACCUUGUUGAUGUAAGACCACAUGAUGCAUCACCCCGUGGUUACAGAGACUGGACCUUCAUGACUAUACACUGCUGGGAUGAAGACCCUAAAGGAGUUUGGACUCUUAAGAUUGAAAACAAAGGAAGUUCCAGAAACACAGGAGUUUUGUCCUACUUUAAGAUGCAAUUGUAUGGUACUGAGGAAGACAUGAUGGCAAGACGUAUGAAAGACACAGUAAUCAAUGACUGUGGGAAAUGGAAUGAAGAUGGACUCUGUCAAGAAUGUCGUGGUGCAUUUGUCAUUUUUGGACGCCAUUGCCUCAGUGACUGCCCUCCACACUAUUACAGUGUUGCAAGGACCUUAAAUAAAACAGUAAAUGGUGUUCACAAAACUUUGGCAGUAUUGGCCUGUGACCCUUGCCAUUCAUCUUGCUACUCUUGCAAUGGCAGUUCUCAAAAUGACUGUGUGACAUGUCCGUCAUUUUCUAAUUAUGAUGAAAAUCAGCAUUCUUGUUCACCUCCAAUUUACCCAAGUCGUUCCAAUAUGAAUGAACGGGAAGACCAAAAACAUGGACUUUAUAAAAUUGCUGUGAUACUUGCAAUCCUCAUCGGAGCACCAGUUGCUGUGAUGUGUUGCGUAAUGUCAUUGUCAUGGCUUAUAUGCCGUUUGAAUAUUGGGCAAGCUUUCAUUGUAACCACUUCGGCAACUGGAGCCACAGAAGCAACGCAAUUACAGGUACAUCGUGACACUACAGAUGAGGGAACUGGAAGCAGCGAGACAGAAUCUACUUAUUUUCUUACACAUUUGGAUCAACAAUAGACUUAUUAAAAAUAAAUCUAUUUAACAUGCA